AUGGCAGAUUCAGACCAGUCGGCAUUCCCUAAGGGCCCACUGGGUAUGUCUCCAGUGCUGCCUGCUGCGGUGUCAAGUUCAGAUCAUGCGGAGCCGGCUGAUGAAAAGCUGGCAAGUGCUUUUGAUGAUCAUUGCAGAAGACUUUACUGCAAGCUGCCUCAGGUGGAGUGGGAUGUGCACCUGGACUCUCAACGUAGCGCUGCUUUGGCUAAGUGGCACAAAAUUGUUCUGUCCGACCCUAUGUCUUUUGAUGUGUGCAGGAUGCAUUUUCAAUCGUUGAAGACGGGACUCCAAAGAGGCAAGCUUCAGGACGAUUUGAAAAAUGUCUUCUCGAGCAAGAGCACUUCCACACUUCAUGGUAGGGCUGGUCCUAUGAUGCGAUUUUUGCAUUUCUGCGGAGACAAGCAACUGCAGGCUUUUCCUAUCACAGAAGAGGUUGUGUAUGCGUUUAUGCAACAUGUUGAGCAGUCUGCAGCACCAACCUUUUUGAGGAGUUUCCUCAGCUCCUUGGGAUUUGCCCUGCAUGUGGUUGGUUUGAUCGGUGCCAAGCGAGUUUUGGAUUCCAGGCGCAUCAAGGGCCUAGCAGACAAGUGUUACCUUCAGAAGAAAAAGACGAGAUCGAGGUUGCCUCUAUCGGUUGCAGAACUGACAACACUGGAAGAAAUCGUUCUUGGCUACCGAGGACGUGGAAUCCCAGACAGACAUGCAGCUGGAUGUUUCCUUUUCAUGGUGUACGCACGCACCAGGUUUUCGGACAUGCUCAACGUUGGGCGUUUGGAUUUCGAAGCUGGUGAAAAUGAAGAGGGAUACAUAGAGGCGCAGGUUGCCAGGUCCAAAACCUCCUUUUCUGUCGACAGAAAGGUCCGUUUGCUUCCUAUGACAGCUGCAAUGCAUGGCGUCACUGCAGAACCUUGGGGAAGUGCAUGGAAAGCGGUGCUAGAGAAGACCGGCAUCGCCAUCACACAUGGAAAGCCGCUACUUCCUGGGAGGACUCCUGAUGGCUGGCACACUUUACCAUUGACUGCGGAGGCGGCAACGAGCUGGCUUCGUAGUAUGUUGCAGUCAGGGGAUCGAUUCCAAGAGGAGAGAACCAAGUCCAUAGGGACGCAUUCAUGCAAGUCCACCAUUUUGUCGUGGAUGGCGAAGUGGGGCUCUUCACCGGAUCUCAGGAGACUGAUGGGGUACCACGUCGCUGACAAGAUGUCAACGAUGCUCAUAUACGGUAAAGACAACACCAGUGCAGGGCUUCGCGAAAUCGAUGUGAUUCUUGAGGCGAUCAGGCAGGGUGAAUUUUUGCCCGAUGCAAAGCGAUCUGAGAUGUUUCCCAAUGCCGAUGAUGCUGCAAAGCUUCUGGAGAGCCAAGACCAAAGCGGUUUUGAUGGCUACUGUUCUGGAAGCUCUUCAGAGGACUCUGCAGAUGAGGACCAACCUGACCACCUGGCUCAUGAGACAGCAGAGAAUGCGAUCCUCGGCAAGUGGGACGCGGGUGUGGACGUCGACAAGCUGCCCGAAGAGGCAGUUUAUUUCAGGCAUCCUUUGUCGAGGACGAUUCACGUCCAAGAGGACGAAUCGGGUAUCAGGUUCACUUGUGGCAGGGACAUUUCAAAGAGCUACGUACCACUUGAGUCUCGACCUCAGGCUGCCUCAGCGGGACUGAGCGAGGAGAUUCGGACCAGUUUGGAUGGCGCUGGGCUCAACACACUUUCAAAGUUUGCCUUUGCAAGUUCAUAUGUGCCCGGUGCCGGCGAUGAUGCAGAGUUUGUUAAGACAGUGAAAUCAGUACUUGGAAGGGACCCUACGUUGGGAGAGCUGGCAUCCUUUCGAAAACUUUUGCAUGAGUCCUACUCACUUGUGACACAAGAAAUGAAGCAGCAAUUGGAAAG